AUGCUUAGGGUAUCCAGGGUUCACUUUUGUAAUUUGACCCCUUCAAAGACAACUGGACGUUCAAAAGUUUCAUAUUACGCCAAUGCUGCAUGGGAAGGGCUUCGUCACGUUUAUCACGGAUUUCAAUUGUUUUUUCUUAAUACACGCUUGGCGUGGAAAUAUUCUCGACAACUUAAAGCAGGGGUUGCCCUUACUCGCCGUGAACGGCUUCUUUUGGAGAGCGCUACAAAGGAUCUUCUUCGACUUGUCCCCUUUAGUUUCUUUAUCGUUGUCCCAUUUGCAGAACUUUUACUUCCUGUCGCGUUAAAGAUGUUUCCUGAUCUUAUUCCUUCAACAUUUGAGACCGAAAGUCAAGGUCGUAAUCGAGCGUUUUCUACAGCAGUAGGAACGUUACGUGCAAGACGACGUGUAAUGGAAUAUAUGUCAACUGUUGCGUUCGUUAGUUUCACCAAAGAGCAACAAGAGGUGGUACGCUCCUCUGCUAUGGGGGAAGCUGUAAAUGCAGCAGAAAUAAGGUUAAUAGCACCUCAUUUUGGUCGUGAUGGACCUUUUAAUGUUUACAAUACGCCUGAUAAUAUUACAGUAGGAUUGGCGAGGGUAGUCGGUGUAUACAAGACUUAUCACAGUUUUUUCCCAAAUAAAAUAAUGGCUCCCUAUAUGCGCCGAAAGGUUAUUCGUCACUAUCAUAAUACUCGUGAGGAUGAUCGAUUAUUGAGACUUGAAGGUCUUGAUGAUUUGACUGAUGAAGAAUUGAUAAAAGCCAACUUGGUACGAGGUAUGCGAUGGACUGAAGAUCCUGAAGCUCUUCGUAUUCAACUGGAAUGGUGGAUAUCACUUGGACGUGAUCCUGAUGUGCCAUAUAACACAUUAUUUUGGAUCAAACCUACAAGAUACAGUUUAAAAGAAUCUAUGAAGCGUUUGCCUGUGGAGCAACGUCGUCAGUUACUAGGUAUUCAAUACCUCCCUGAAGGUAUACGUGGAAACCUUGAGGCGCUCUGUGAGACUAUUGGAACCGCUCCUGCUAUGGUUGAUGAUAAAGAAAACGCAGAUACUAUAGUAGAGAAGCUUGAGGAUUUGAAUGCCAAAACAAAGAACAGUGACAAAGAUAUUGCAACUCAAGAUAUUCAAAUAUCUUUGGGUGCAUAUCUUACUGAAGCGAAUGUAAAGAUGAUGUUUGAGCGUAUUCGCAAGGGAAAAACAGCAAACGAAAGUGUUACUGUAGCAGAUGCCAUUGAAUUUAUCGGGAGCGAAACGCAUAAUUCAUCCCACGUAGUUUCCACUGUUUUUGAUGCUUUUGAUCUAGGUAGCGGAGCAAAACCCAUUACAGAAUCCACACUUGUUUCAAUUGGGGCUCGUUGCAGAGAAGCAUCAAAGACUUCUAAAGAAGCACCCCAAUUACCACCGGUCAAUCCAACGGCAGAAAAGGACAAAGUUAAAUGA